UUUAUACAGACUUUUUAAAAAAAUAUACACUAGCUGUGUGGUUUGAAAUUUGAAAUAAUAAAUAUAUAAUCAAAUAAAAAAGCCUAAUCAAAAAGAUAAUUAGGAAGUUUGAGCGUAAAAUAAAAGAAAGAAGACACUCAAAAUUUGAUCCUAAAAACUGCUUGAUAUUACACGGAUUUGACAAUAAAAAGAAAACUCAUACACGGGAAAGUCUUUGUGGCUCAGCGCAAUGAAUGUAGCCGGAAGGAUAAAAAACACACUGGGUUACCUACACCAUUCAACACAUACACGGCGCUGUGUUACUUGAGCUUGUCAAGUUACAGUUACGUAAACAUAAGGCUAGCUCCUUGUCAGUAGCAUAUAUACAUGACACACUCGUCAUGGCCCAACCUAAUUCCGCCGGUAGUCCAGGGAUUGAGCUGACCAUUCGAAAACAAUGGAAAGUAGAGAGAAACAUUGUCCAGGAGUUAACUGCGGAGCCGGUCCUGGUGUCCAAAGGGGCCACUGUGGCCAAGUGGAUACUAAGUAUGGUACUAGGUCUUGCCCUGACUUGUUCCAUGGUGGUGACAAAAACUUCCUUCGUGUCUCUGAGCACGCACGUUCACAACAUCACUUUGAACCAGGAUCUGUACAAUGCUGUGUAUAUAAGUCAUUUCUUGGUGCUGUACUUGUCAAUCACAGUCUUGUACAGCCUUCAGUUGCUGAGACAGUGCUGGCAUGUUUUGAAAUGCAAGCUGGAGACAUGGCCCAACGUCAAAACUUCAGCUGCAUGCGUUCUCUCUGGCUCUCUGGAGGCUGCCGGUAUUACACUGUUGUCUUUGAAGGUGAUUCCUUACCUCGGGCCCACCCGAGGGACAUUUGUAAUGGUUCUAUCUUUGGUUGUACCCAUAGUAUGUGAGACUUGGACUUCUUUACGUCUGAAUUACGCCAUUAGCAUGAAGAUAGCUUACGUGUUUGGUUGUCUCUGUAUGCUGGCUGGUUUAGGGUUCUUCAUCUACCUUGAAUACGAUGUUUAUGCUGACCAGAGUUACAGCAUAUCUCACAUAGUGCACAUGGUCAUUUGUCUGAUUAUCUUGAACUUCACAUGGUUACCUUGGUUACUAAAGUACAUCAGCAACAGUGGCUAUAAUAGAACUCGGACUAACGGUGGAAACAUCCAAAUACCACAGCAGGUUCUUACUGCUAACUGUGGGGCCAACACUCAAUGGAAAAGUUCAAUCAUCCUUCAAACAACAAAAAUUAUCGCUCUCUUCAUCUUUUUCUUCAUUUUUUAUUUCCUGGACACGGACUACCAUUUGCGAUUCGACGCUGAUGUCCACAGCAGUUUCUUGGCCGCCUGGGAUUUCAACAAUUUUAUUUCUGUCACCACCUGGAUGAACUUUAUCCUGUUUCUGAUUGGAGCUUUAUCUAACUAUGUCCUAGUUUGGGGCAUUGGCUAUAUGAACUUAUGCAGGUGGUCUCUAGUUGUACCAGUACUGCUCUCACUGCCUUUUUGUGUGGUCAUUUUUCAAGUUCAAGAACUGUGCUCUGUUCAGAAUGACAUCGACUUAUUUUGUAGCUCAAAAGAAUUUUUAGAAAACAAAGACUAUAUUAUAGUCACUACAGUUCUAUUGACUUUAGGUCAGGCUCUAGUGCUGGCAAGGCUGAUGAUAAAACAACAGAGUAGAUAUAUGCUGGCAGAGAAAAGGCUUUUCUGGAUUCCUGUCUCUUUCUCUGGCACAGUCGAUGCAAGUUUAUUUCUAAACUGUCGAGAUACUAUUUCUGAACUCGAGUGUCCGUGUCAUGUCAACUGGCCGUCCAAGAUUUUGAUAUGCACAACUAUGUACAGGGAGAACGCUCAAGAAAUGAGAAACGUUCUCAAGUCCUUGGCUCUUGUCAACAUUUGUCAGAGAAAUACUAACACACAGUUCGAGUCUCAUAUAUUCUUUGAUGGGGGCGUCAACGGUGACAGGCUGACAGAGUACUCUUUACAACUUGUCUCACUCCUUGAGGAAUGUUUAGAUGUGAAGCUUCAGGAUAGCAAGACAAUAAAAACACCGUUUGGAUUACAUCUGCAAUGGGAGCUACCUAAAAGUCAUAGAGACAAUAAAACAAUGCUUUUUAGUUUGAAUCUUAAAGACAACUCACUGGUUUACCAGAGGAAGAGAUGGAGUCAAGUGAUGUACAUUUCAUAUUGUUUAGAUUUCUGCCAAGAACAGAAUAGAGACAAUGUGUACAUCCUGAUGACAGACGGCGAUGUCAGCUUCACACCCCAGGCAAUAGAGUCAUUGCUAGAUCAGAUCAGCAGGGACACAAAUCUAGGUGCGGUAUGUGCUCGUAUUAUUCCUGAGGGUAUGGGACCUGUCGUUUGGUAUCAGACCUUUGAAUACUCCACAGCGCACUGGUCUCAGAAAACAGCUGAGCAUGUCUUAGGUUCAGUGCUCUGUGCCUCUGGAUGUUUUAGUGUAUUCAGGCUACAGGCGCUCGACGACGUCCUCGCUAAGUAUAGCACUCCUGUUGAAAGUUCCCAUGACUUCUUGAUCAAAGAUUUUGGGGAAGAUAGAUGGCUGAGUACUUUGUUGAUACAGAGUGGUUGGAAAGUUAAGUACUGCUCAGACGCUAAGAUUUCAUCUAGUUGUCCGAAUUGUUUCGGAGAUCUUUACAGACAAAGGAGAAGAUGGCUACCUUCUACACUGACAAACCACAUGCAAAUGGCUGAGGAAUGGCGAUACAUCUCUAAGUUCAACAACAAAGUUUCUGUGGCUCUGCUCUUCUACCAACUUUUACUUUUCGUUUACACCAUCAUGGCACCAAGUUUAAUCAUUCUGAUCAUCAGUGAUGCUUUAAAACACUUUAUGGGGGUUUUGUUGGUUCCGGUCACGAUACAAGUUUUUUUUGCUUUCGUGUUCAUUGUGUAUUGCCUUGUCAAGCCAGUCAGACUUCAAAUUUGGGCAUCAGUCAUCUAUACCUGUGUGUAUAUUCUAGUGAUGGGCUUCGUCUUGUUUGCUACAGUUCGUGAAUUUUACAAUGCAUGGUAUGUGCCCAGUGAGAAUGAGAUGUUUGUAUCAGAACUACAGCCGAAUGUCUCUUUACAGGAGAUCACUGACAGAUAUAGGAUACCACCUGGACCGGUAUCAUUGUUUUGCUGUUACUUCAGCUCCAUCCUUAUUUCCUUCAUUGUUGUUAUCCUCCUGCACCCAUCAGAACUCAAAUGUUUGAUCUUUGGAAUUAUCUACAUUCUGUGCCUACCUUCUGCUUCAUUGCUGCUACCUUUGUAUUGCUUUUGUAAUUUAAAGGACAGCAGUUGGGGACUACGUGAAGAACUGCCUAAGGUUGUUGUCAAAAAAAGCUACUGGUGUACAGAAAAGGUUAUACCCUUCCUGAAAAAAAUGUGCUUCUGCUGCGUUAAAUUGGUCCCAUUAGAUUCAAGUGCUAUUGAAAAAGCAGCAGAGACUAUUUUAACUGCGCAGGACAUAAUUGAUGGAAUCCCAGAUGAGGAUGACGAAAAAGACGAUAAAACUGAUAAGAAAGAGAAAAAAUCUAGCGACAAAUCGGACAAAGCAACCGAUAAAUCAACAAAAGGAAAAAAUAAAGCAACUACUAAUUCCGAGACAUCAAAAACUAAAGGAGACCAGAAGAAAGAAGACAAAGAAUCAAAGCAUACAGAUGAGUCCAGCAAUGAAGAUGAGACAUCUCCAAAAGAACGAAAACAUAGUAAAAAGAUGACCGGAAAAGGCGAAGAAAAGAAGAAAGAAGUUGGCGAGGAUAAAAGUAAAGAUGAAACACAAAAGAUUUCUAAUGCUGAUGACUCUGUUGAUUUUGUUGAUGCCACAAGUACAGCUGUAGAUGAUGUUGACCAAAACGAGUUUUAUUUCUGGACCUUACUGAAAGCUAAUCUCUUCAAGCCACAAGAUAAAGAAAUGUUGAACAAGAAAAGAUUGGAGCAACUGACUGCACUUCGUAAUGGAUGGCUCGUAGUGGUGAUAGUGCUGAAUAUUUGCGCACUUACAAUAUCAGUUGUUCUAGAUAUGUAUGGUUAUCUAAUAGUAUCGAGGGACAAUAAAACAGGAAUAGUUUUACUUGUGCUGCUCCUAUUGCCAACUAUGAUUGAGUUUUUUUCAAUGUUCAUCUUUCGAAUAUCAACCGUGUGUUCAAAACUAGCUACAGCUGAAUAUACUUGGAGCUCUGGAAGUAAUCAUACCAAAUGGUCAUUCUAUAUGACGGCUGUAGACUCUACUGAAGACAUGACAACUGGUCAGAGUCAAGUGAAUGAUUCAGACGAUGCAACUGCCGCAUUAGUGCAGCCAUGAUCAAGACUUAUUUGGCUUUCAUGAACUUUAUAAUAUACCGUUUGAAUAAUAAAUGACUGCAUGCUUACGUUUAAGACUACUGUACAAACAAAAUGUAAACAACACUUUUAAUAACGUAGUGAACCUACAUUUUAAGAAGUGUAAGUGUACAUUAUACAGAACUAUGAACCUACAUUUUAAGAAGUGUAAGUGUACAUUAUACAGAACUAUGAACCUACAUUUUAAGAAGUGUAAGUGUACAUUAUACAGAACUAUGAACCUACAUUUUAAGAAGUGUAAGUGUACAUUAUACAGAACUAUGAACCUACAAUUUAAGAAGUGUAAGUGUACAUUAUACAGAACUAUGAACCUACAUUUUAAGAAGUGUAAGUGUACAUUAUACAGAACUAUGAACCUACAUUUUAAGAAGUGUAAGUGUACAUUAUACAGAACUAUGAACCUACAUUUUAAGAAGUGUAAGUGUACAUUAUACAGAACUAUGAACCUACAUUUUAAGAAGUGUAAGUGUACAUUAUACAGAACUAUGAACCUACAUUUUAAGAAGUGUAAGUGUACAUUAUACAGAACUAUGAACCUACAAUUUAAGAAGUGUAAGUGUACAUUAUACUUUCUUCAAUAAAUACAAAGUAUACUUUCUUCAAUAAAUGAACAACUUGAAAGAUGGAAAGAAUAUUUUCAAGAAGUGCUCAAUAGACCUAAACCACGAAAUCCACCAGAUCUAAAUGCAGGACCAACACUAGACAUAAACAUGGAGGAAAUAACAAAAGAAGAAAUAAGGAAUGCACUCAAACAAAUGAAGACAGGUAAAGCAGCUGGAAUUGACAACAUACCACCCGAAGUCCUAAAAGAAGGAGGAAGUGAAAUAGUUGACCAAAUGCACAAACUAUUCAACAAAAUUUGGUUAACAGAAACACCUCCGGGUGAGUGGAAAAGGGCUUGCUAAUUAAAAUACCAAAGAGUGGAGAUCUAUCACAAUGUGAGAAAUGGCGAGGCAUCACUUUGCUGUCAGUACCAAGCAAGAUUUUUAGCAGAAUCCUACUAAACAGAAUAAAGGGAGCAUGUGAUGAACACCUAAGGGAAGAACAGGCCGGAUUCAGAAAAGGGAGAUCUUGUGCUGACCAAAUAGCUACACUCAGGAUAAUUGUAGAACAAUGUGUCGAAUGGCAAUCUCCUCUCUAUGCAACUUUUGUUGACUUUGAAAAAGCUUUUGAUAGUGUCGACAGAGAAUCUAUCUGGACUGUAAUGAGACAUUAUGGGAUCCCCAAUAAAAUAAUAACCAUAAUCAAGAACCUUUAUGAUGGUUUCACCUGCCAAGUAACCCACUGUGGCAAGCUGUCAGAGGAAUUUCCAGUCACAACAGGAGUCAAACAGGGAUGUCUUCUUUCACCACUCCUGUUCCUUCUAGUACUGGAUUGGGUCACAAAAGAAGCCUACUCUAACGCAGGGAAAGGAAUCCAAUGGACUCUCACACAAAAGCUGGAAGAUCUGGAAUUCGCUGAUGACAUAGCCCUAUUAUCACAGACUACAGGAUAUGCAAGAAAAGGUCACAACUUUAAGCGAAGUAGGAAAAAGAGUAGACCUCAAAAUAAACCACCAAAAAACUAAAGUACUUAAAGUAAACAAUAAACAAAGUGGAGACAUAGUAUUGGAUUCUCAGACAAUAGACCAAGUAGAAAAUUUUAUAUACCUUGGGAGUGUAGUCAGUAUAUCAGGUGGAACAGAUGAAGACAUUAAACGCCGUAUAAAUCUAGCACGUCAGACAUUUACACAGCUAAAACCAACCUCGAAAUCUCCUUACAUCUCAAACAAGACUAAACUAAGAAUCUUUAAUUCUAAUGUCAAGGCUGUCCUACUGUAUGGUUCUGAAACAUGGAGAACAACUGAAGCCACAACAAAAAAAAUACAGACCUUCAUCAACAGAUGCCUGAGAAAUAUCCUAAAAAUACACUGGUAUGACAAAGUAGAAAACACCAAACUGUGGGAGAUGAGUGGACAGAAAAAUAUAGAAGUGCAGAUCUUAGAGAGGAAGUGGAGAUGGAUUGGUCACACCCUUAGAAAAGAUACCAACAACAGAGCUAGGCAGGCCAUAGAGUGGAACCCCCAGGGAACAAGACGCAGAGGAAGACCAAAAAGAACAUGGCGACGCAGUGUACUUGAAGAAGCAGAGAAGACCGGGAAGAGCUGGGACACCAUCAAAAAGCUAGCAAGAGACCGUGGAGAGUGGCGUGUUUAUGUCGAGGCCCUAUGUUCCAUGAGGAACUCAAAGGAAUGAUGAUGAUGAACUGUACAUUAUACAGAACUAUGAACCUACAUUUUAAGAAGUGUAAGUGUACAUUAUACAGAACUAUGAACCUACAUUUUAAGAAGUGUAAGUGUACAUUAUACAGAACUAUGAGCCUACUUAAUAAUUCCUCAUCUCUCCUGACACUUAAAUCGCAUCGUAGGUGUGCUGUAUAAAGUUCACACAACCAAUCCUCCACUUUUCCGGUCAGCAGGUGUUCUUAGCAGAAUAUCAAGAGAUCAAUAUCCAUUCUUUGACUUUGUCCAGCCAGUUUUUCUUUGGAUGAGACUUAAAUAUCUUUGUUCUGCCUUGAAGGAUGGCUUUUGACCGAGUCAUGUUUUAAAAUAUGACUUAACCAGAUAGGCUUUUGGCUUUUCUUAGUAUUGAGGAGUGUUGUUACCAGUCGUUGACUUAUAGUACCUAAAUGCUAGUAGACAAAUAAACCGUUGUAAACGUAACGUAAUAAUUGAGACUUCAAACAACUUGAUAUUUAACUUCCUUUUGUAAACAAAACUAAAUGGGCCUAACACAUUAUUUAUAAUAUAAACAAAAUCAAGUUGAAAUGAAAUAAAAUAACUUAGUAGACUUAAUUAAGUAAUUAUAUUCUUUAACUAAAUUUAACUUACUACAAUAACACCACCUUUCAGUCUUACGUUCUGGAGUCGCCUCUUCUAAGACCAAGUGACGACAACAUCACCGAUGUUGCAUGAUUCACAACUAAUCGCUAACCUCUUACCACUAUCCUUAUAUAAAAACACACACAAGGAGUUCCUUCUUUUUGCCAGUCAUAGUGUUGAUUUGUAAAUGUACAAAGUCAUUAUUUUUGUUAAACCUGGUAUCUGAUACCCAGAAAUUUUCUGUAGCAUUUACUCCUAAAGGCUUGGAUUCUUCCUUCAGCCUCAUCGAUCAGCGUCCAACUUUCACAACCAACAAUAAUAAUGAUAAUGGCAAUGUCUUUGAUUCUGAAGAUUAAGGAUGAGUGCGGUGUUUCACAAGACAUAGAAAAAUCCAUUUGCGACCUACAUAUUUUGCCACAUCUAAUACAGACAAAGCCGUAUGAUGUAGAUAAAAAGUAGAGAAAUCACAAAGGAAGAUGCUUUACUGGUCUGUUGAAUUUCUGCUCACUUUCUUAAUCUUUAGACUCAAGGGACAGUAUUAAUAAACCAAAAUUUAAAAUAUUGUUGAGGCUCAACUCAUUUUUUUUUAAAAGAGGAAAUAAAUGUUUGCUUACUUUAAACGUAAACACUGUAUCCAAUUUUGUUAGCUACACGUGACUUUCUAAAUUGUCAACACAUUGUUCUACAUUACGACAGUCAAUAAAUAUUCAAGAAAGUUAUCAUUAUUUAAGUUAGAUCCAAAACCUUUCUUUUUUUUUUUUUUUGAAGAGCUAUUGAGUGAAUACACAUUCUCUACAGUUUGUUGAACCGUUGGGGAACAACAUAUAAUCUGUAAACCGACUUUUUCCAUUCCUCUCUGUCUUUUACAUUGAAUAGAAUCUGUUUCAAUGACUGGCCAGUCCAUUCUUUUAUGUUGUCUUACCAUCGCUUUCUCUGCCUCUUAUUUUUCUUGGUACUGUUCCCUGUAGGAAGCUUUUAUGUAACCCGGAGGACCUUGUGAUAUAGCCAUAAAGUUUUAGUUUGCAUUUUUUUUUUGGACAGUACUCAGCAAUUUAUGGUGAGGCCCAGUUGUUAUUGUGAUCCUGAUUCUCAUUUCCUCCUUUGUGAUGCGGUCUUUGUAGCAACUUAAAGCAACAGCAACAAAUAUCUCAUCUUUUUUUUCUUCUCCAAAGCUUUGUGCAAGCCACACUAGCUCCCUUAUGGACCUGAUGAAAUAUAUUUUUUAAAGAUGCGAAUAUAUGUGUGUCUUCUGUUGUUUUAAUUUUUGGUUUUUUAAAAUGAUAAUAAAAAAAUAUUUUUAAAGUAAUAUUCUUUGUGACCUAGUAAGAUCAACUUUACAUAAAUAAGCGAAAUGUUGUGGUUCCCCCCUCUCCCAUUCAUCUUGCCAAUUACAUAUUAAAUUUCUACUUCAACACACGUAACACUUUAUUUUUGUAUUGUCCAAUAGUCAACUAUAAUAUUCUACUCUUCAUCCAUUUAUGUAGAAUUAUUUCUUAUCGCAAAUUUUUAUUUAUAAUUGAGAUAAUUAAGUCUUAAGACGGCAGGGCUGGCGGCGGGAAGUGCGUGAACACGGUCGAGACAAUCUGUAACACAUAUCACACGACCAGGCAGCCUUCCUUUUAAUGAAAAGCUUCAGAAAGACAACAUUUGUAUUAUUUAAUUUUAAUUAAAAAAAAAAAAAAAAAAAAAAAAAAAAAAAA